CUGGAAAGCGGUUGCUGCCAGCAGCGCCGCUGGCACGCGGCGGGCAGAAUGACGUCUCGUCCGCGUAACAUGCGAUUUCUCGCGUUCGUAUUUUCGCUCGCUAUAGCAUGGUUACCACAUGCCGACCAAGCCGCGGGAGCGGGAGGCGGAGGAAUGUUUGGCGAUGUCAACAUCUCAGCUAUUUUGGACUCUCUGAGUGUCAGCUACGACAAAAGAGUGAGGCCCAAUUAUGGCGGACCACCAGUGGACGUUGGAGUCACCAUGUACGUGCUGUCCAUCAGUUCUCUAUCUGAAGUUAAAAUGGAUUUCACAUUGGAUUUCUACUUCCGUCAGUUCUGGACUGAUCCGAGGCUUGCAUACAAAAAGCGCCCAGGUGUUGAAACAUUGUCAGUUGGAUCGGAAUUUAUCAGGAACAUAUGGGUGCCUGACACAUUUUUCGUAAAUGAAAAACAAUCCUAUUUUCACAUUGCAACAACUAGCAAUGAAUUUAUACGUAUUCACCAUUCUGGAUCUAUUACACGUAGUAUAAGAUUAACAAUAACGGCCUCCUGUCCCAUGGACCUACAAUACUUUCCUAUGGAUCGUCAACUGUGCAACAUUGAAAUCGAAAGCUUUGGCUACACCAUGCGGGACAUCCGUUAUAAGUGGAAUGAGGGGCCCAACUCAGUAGGCGUAUCAAGUGAGGUGUCCCUGCCGCAGUUCAAGGUUCUGGGCCAUCGACAACGAGCUAUGGAGAUUUCUCUUACGACAGGAAACUACUCCCGAUUGGCUUGUGAAAUCCAAUUCGUGCGUUCAAUGGGAUACUAUCUGAUUCAAAUAUACAUCCCGUCUGGUUUAAUUGUGAUCAUAUCAUGGGUAUCAUUUUGGUUGAAUCGGAAUGCAACACCCGCACGUGUCUCUCUUGGUGUGACCACUGUGCUGACCAUGACUACCCUUAUGUCUUCAACCAACGCCGCUCUUCCCAAGAUUUCGUAUGUUAAAUCCAUUGAUGUUUACUUGGGCACCUGCUUCGUAAUGGUCUUCGCUAGUCUACUAGAAUACGCUACUGUUGGAUACAUGGCUAAAAGGAUUCAAAUGAGGAAACAACGAUUUACUGCUGUCCAGAAAAUGGCUGCCGAGAAAAAGAUACAUAUCGACGGCCCUCCUGGCACGUCUGAGCCACUUCCACCGCCUAGAACAAGCACACUUUCAAGACCUGCUCCGCCUAGCCGCUCAUCGUCCUACAACCCUCACACACAGGAGGUACGCUUCAAAGUCCACGACCCGAAAGUAUACUCAAAAGCUGUGACUCAUGAAAACACGAUUAAUGGUGCAAGAGCCCCCCCACCGCCAGCCCCAGCUGCUCCUCCCUCAGAAGAAGAAAUACCACCGCAUCUACUACAAGCAUCGAAGAGUAUCAACAAGCUGCUUGGCACGACUCCUUCGGACAUCGACAAAUACUCGCGCAUAGUUUUUCCCGUUUGCUUUGUCUGCUUCAACCUAAUGUACUGGAUUAUAUACCUUCACGUUUCGGAUGUCGUCGCUGACGAUCUGGUACUUCUCGGGGAAGAACAUUAAAUAACACGGCUUGAUAAUGGUACUCGAAUGAUUUUUGGCCAAACCAUGUAAUAUUUAAAUCUUUGCAUAGUAUAGUAAUAAUACUACGUAGCACGUUAUUGACAUACAAGUAUCACAAUGUAUCUUUGUUUAUGAUGUAAGUGGCACGAAUCAACAGAAUCUAAUCAAACAUUUCCGAAAGGUUAUUCUAUACAAAUUACGUAGACUUGUUAGUGUAUAGUAUCAUAGUUAAUAUAAAGUGUAUUAAAUUAGACAUACAAUUUCUAACGAUAGUGAAGUAAAAUUUAUUCCUUAAAUAACUAUGUCUAUCAAAUGAAUUACUAAGUGUUAUAAUAAUAUUUAAAAAAAUUGUCGGUCACUCUAAAUAUUCCUUGUUUUCGUGUAAUGUGCCUCCUACAUGAUACCUGAUUUAGUAUCAAUAUGCUCCCUGAAGUGAUAUAACAAAAGUUAUGUAGAAAAUUACAAAAAAAGACAAAAAAACAUGAUAGUCAAAAGACGAUAACUCGCAGUUAAAUGACCACGGGUAAUUUAUAUAAGCUAAGUGUGUAAAUACCUAUAUAUAUAUAUUUAUAGCAGUAAACUUUUAAGAUAAUCAAUAUGAUUCUAGACGUAUAUGUAAAAAUCAUUUAUAGAAAACUAAUUUAUUUCAAUUUUAAAUAUUAUACACUGAUGACACAAUAUUACAAUUCUAGUGCACAGUACACUUGCAUCCACGUGUUUAGAAUAAAUAUUGUUAUAAUCCGGUCUCUGAUGUGGGAAGAUACCAAAACUGUUUUACCUUCAUAUAUAAAAGAGAAAAAUCUACAUUUAAUCUAGUAUCGUAAUUGAUUUCAAAUUACGAUUAUGUAUAUAUUUUUGUAUUUAAAAUACAUAUACAUUUUACGUACGAACAUUACGAGAAAACAUAAUUAAAUCAGAAAUGCUCUAUUGAAACAAUGUUUUAAUAUUAAUCACAAUACUGGUCAAAGGUCAAUCCCACGAAGAUUAUGUUCCUAAGGAGUUUUCAAGGAGAAAAAUACUACAGGCUACGGAAAAUUACUGUUUAUUUAUCUUUCACUUUUGCUCGUUUUUCAUACGUAGCAUUUUUCACAACUUUUAUGCAUAAGGUUCAAUAACUUUGUCUAAAACUGUACAUGACCAAGUAUUACACACUUAUGUGACUCUAUAAGAGUCAAGGCACGUUGCAAAAAACGCUGAAACAGAUUUCUUGUGACUUAUCUUAACCAUGGUUAAGGAUCUUUUUGUAUAACUUUUUGCAUACCAAGCAAAUAAUCCUAUAAAAUCUAACAUCGACCAAAUAUCUCAACAUAGCGAUGAUAACCGUAUAGAAUAAGAAUGCAUAAUAUAUUUAUUUAUUUUUAAACCUGAAUUUGCUAUACUUCCCACAUCAGAGGUAAUGGUAAUGCUCCAAUAAUGGUGUAUUAUCUAAUUUAUCAAAAUAUGACUGUUAAUUUUUUGACAAUAGUUUUCCCAAUUAUUUAUGUUUCUCUUAUAAUUAUUUCAUGGUAAGUACCGUGCUGGUACAUUCAUACUUCUAGGUAGUUUUUUUGAUUAAUUUGACAUUUAAUUUAUAGUUUAAAAAUAUGAUUCAUCUAUCAUAUAUUUAAUUUGCAGUCAUAGAGAUAAAAGCAUUUAGUUCAUUUGUGAGUUAUAAUAUGAUAAAAUAAUUUUGUACCUUCAAAACUAUAAUAUUUAUCUAUAUGUUAACUGUGUACUAUGUUCGUGAAAGUUUCGAUGUUAUUAUAAGAGUGACUGUGAGUGAUAAGUAUGCCUGAAUAACAUGUUUGUACAAGAUAUACUGCUGUGAAAUUUUAAUUUAUAAUUAAUGAUUUUUAAGAGAUUUUUACGAGUCUUAAAACAUAGUCUUUUCCUUUUUGGCUUUGGGCCCGAAUCGAGAGUGUUAUUUUGAUACAUAGUUUAAUAGAUAAUAGGAAUGAGAAAUGCAACCUAUAUAGAUCAGCCUUGCGAUUCUGUAACUGACUUUUCGAACUCUCACAGCGGUUAUCACAGCGGCGGUCGCAAAUCAGUCGUGAAGCAGUUAUAGGCAUAAACAAU